AAGUGCCACUCCGCUUACCUGUGUGUCGUGCCUACCAAGCCAGCGUGUCCGGUGGUCAGGUUCUUCCCUCUCUUUCUCUCUCCCUCCCUCUCCCUUUCUCUUUCUCUCUCUUUCCUUCUCUUUCUCUCUUUCCUCUCUUUCCUCUCUCUCUCUCUCUUUCUCUCUCUCUCUUUCUCUCUCCCUCUCUUUCUCUCUCUCACCCUUUCUCUCCCGCGUGUGUCUCCUCUUUCUCACCCCCUACCAAGCUUCGUCCUUCUCCCUCUGUCUUCCUCUGUCCCCUUCGACGUCGCCUCACGCAGCAGUGCGGUGUUGUAGUGUCGUGUCAUCCUGCGCUACGUCAACGAUCCUCCCGAACGUGUGUCGAGGCAACGAUCGAUCGAUCGCGUAUCCUCUCUUUGACUGUCCGUCGCUACCUGGCGCGCCCGUAUAUAAAAUAUCUUCCCUCAGCAAUAUAUACCCUCCGCCACGAGAAGUUCUAGUUUCGUCCUUAGUGCGCCUUAUCCUCUGCUUGGGAAACGUACUCGGCCGUUUUUCUCGCCACCUCCGCCUUGUACUUGGUUGCGGUUGAGACACGUUGUUACCGUCGUGUGGUGGCUGUUCGUUCGUCCCGUUCGCGCUCAAGUCUCGGAGAAAGGAAGAAGGGAACGGAACUUGAGAAAAAGAAAGGAAAGAAAGGGAAAAAGAAAAAAAAAGAGGAAAAAGAAGAGAAAAGGAAAGGUGGUUGGAAAGGAAGAUCUCGUUUCACGGAGGCUCGGACUCGAGGUUUCCGCGUGUGUAAACAAUCGUGUGGAAACAACUAUCGGGCGAAGGCGAGGAGGAGCAGAGCGCGUAUUCGAGAGGUGUUCGCCACGCGACAGCAUAGACCAGUUGGCCGCCGCGUCAGUCGAGGAUCGGACGACGAUCGUCGACGAUCGCCGCGCCGAGUUUCUCAGAGUUUUUUUUUUUUACCGUCGCGAUCGUCGCGAGUGCCAGUGCCACAGUUUGGGUAUCAAACUCCUCCGUCCACGAGGAUCAGUGACGACGCACGAGGAAGCACUACGAGACCCUGGCUCUGGUCGACGAGACCCAGCAAGGAGAGACACCCGGUGAACGUGUCAAAACGUCCGCCGCCGCGACUCCUCCAUUGACAUUUCCGUGACAUUUAGUGCGCGACUGCGCGCCAGCCUUGCGAUUCGAGGCGACGAACCUCGUCUUUUUCGUCGUAACACGCGUCACCAGAAACGGAGAGAGAGAGAAAGAGAGAGAGAGAGAGAAAGAAAGAUCCUUGGACACGGUCUGGAGCCCACACAGUGUUCGGAAAAGUCGCCAGAUUGAACAGUUACGUUACGCUUCUUCUUUUUUUUUUUUUUUAACGUAAUAAUCUCACACUCCUCGAUGACGAAUCCUCUUCCGUGCUUUAUUAUCGACACGCGUGUCUUAUCCGUGCUUAUUGUUAUCCGCCGUUUGGAACCGGCCACCGGACGCGUGACUCGUCGAUAAAGGAAGAGAAAAGGAAAAAGAAAGAAAACGAAAAAAUAAACGCCUCUCGAUCAUCUUUUUUCGCGCUCUCACCACCUGGUCGAGAGAGUGAUCGUUGUUCUCAUGAUCGCUUGCUCGCGAGCCGUGCGUUCGCGCGUGAUCAAGAUCUGACGUUCAACAGGUGGUUCGGUAUAUUGUAUCGCGGUUUUGGUGGACGAGUUGGGGAUAGGUGGUUGGUUCACCGAUCGAGCUGUAUACACAGAAGGUAUACAGGAAGGUUUGUGAAGAAGGUUUCGUUCGACCGGAGGGAGUCGAGGGGGUUGAUUGUUCGCCGGAAGGGAAGUUGGCCGGGUUCCGAAUCAAACUGGACAUACUCACCGCCACGUCGGGACGUACGGAGUGGAGAUGUCCGCGGGUCGCUGAGAGAAUGAGGGAGCUGGACACCGAGAGCCCUGUUGUCUGGCCGGCCUGGUGUUACACUGGUGAGGUAUCAGGUGAGAACGUGUCCGCGGGUUCUGGACCACGUAGCGGCGAUCGUGGAGAGGGGACUGAUUUAGGUACACACACGGAAAAUAACGACGGGGCCACCCUGGCCGCGAACACAGCGGUCGACGCGAGGGGCGGAAGCCCCCAGGGUGCCCACCUUUCCGGUGCGGCCACCCCCAGACCGCUAAGGGGUAGAAGACGACAAAACCAGAAUGGUCUCGACACCACUCAAGUUAAAACAGAACGGCUCACGCCAGACAAUAAUUCAACAUCGUCGAGGAGCGUGACGCCCUCAUCGUCCAGCCAUCCAGGAACGCCACCAAAUGCUACCCCUUUGGGUGGACCCGAGGGCCCACCACCACCCCAUCACCUCAAACACAUGGAGCAGAUGAUGGGUCGGAAUUAUAGCGAUUUCAUGAGAAGCCUCGCUGCCAAGUACAAUAACGCCAAUCCUAAUGACUACUUUAGUUCGCCCAGAAACGGCUAUCCUCCAGGCCUAGAUCCAAGGUUUCCGGCGUUCAAAACUGCCGCCACACCCUUCGUCGGUUUGAUGGCGCCGUUAGGUGCGCCACAGCCGUCAACCGUGUCCACCACCUCCCCUCUAUCCAAUAAAGAUCCGAAAGAGCAGAAGCAGGACAGUCUGUUCGGUAAUCCCGUGUUCCCACCGAUGUUGGACAUGUCGUCGACGCAAGCACUUUUGCACAUGGUGAGGACCGCGAAUGCUGCACAAAAUGCUGCAGAACUGGAAACGUAUCUCAAAGGUGCGAACAAAAGAGACACGGGAGUGACGAGUCCUCUGGAUCUGUCGAGUCCAGGUGGAUUCGCACCGCGAAAAAGGCAGAGGGCAGAAACGAGGAGAUCGGGAAGCGUAUCUCCGAAACCGAAGCCAACCCCUCGACCGACCACACCACCUCCAGUCAGAUGUCCAUCCCUGUGUGGCCACAUGCCAUGUGGCGAUGGGCAAGCUGUCAAUCGAUGGACCAUCGAGGACGUCGUCAAUUACGUGUCGUCGAUCGAUAUUUGCGCAGAGUAUGCACAGAAUUUCCGCGAGCACCGGAUCGAUGGAGCAGCGUUGCCCCUUCUCUCGGAGGACCACCUGACCGGCCCAAUGGGAAUGAAGCUGGGCCCAGCUCUGAAGCUUCGCGCCCUCCUCGCCCGGAAACUGGGCGCGUGCACGGUCUGUUUGCACUGCGCUCAUUGCCACCAGACGCCCCUGCCAGCCCUGAACGCGGCCGCGGCAGCCGCUGCCGCGUCGCAACAACAACACCAGCAGCAACCGCAGCAGCAACAGUUGCCUGGAAGGCGGCCAAGCAGCACGGGGAACUGACAAACAAUGGCGGAGACUCCUCUGGGCCCGGAGGGCGCUGUGGCGCCCCCCCAGGACCCGAACAGGGCCCUAAGGAUAGAACGGCGCGUGUCACGCCCGAUACGCAAGCCGGAAGUGGUGUUCAAGAAGCCCAUCAAGCAGUGACGCGGAUCACGCGACAGCAUUGCUUUGCGUGUGUACACGUGACGCUGUGGAGUUACGCUGUGGAGGCUCCGCCUGUGUGUUGUCCAUCGAGUGUUCGUUCAUCGGGGAGGGAAGGGGAGGGCAGGGGAGGGGGGAGGGAGGGAGGGACGUUCGACGACGAUCAAGAGUUUCGUUGUAUUGAUACGUUAAUCAAGUGUACCUGGAGAUAAAUGACUUAUUACUUUUGUCCUCGAUGCAGAAUUUGCCUGCGUUGUACUUACGUACUUGUGUUUACACGGCUGGAUCGAUUCGUGUGAAAUAAUAGGUGUGCGAGGGAGAUGGGAAUAAGCGGUUCUUUGAGAAGGAGGAUGAUUGGGGGAGGGGGGAGGGACAUUGCGUUUUCGGAUGGGUUACGAAAAAUACGAAGGAUUUCGCGUUUCGAUGGUUGAACUUGAGGAGUUCGAGGUAUGGAUAAGAAGUUGUAGUAGCUUGUCGUACCUUUUCUUUGUUUCUUAUUACUGCGUUUAUUUCAUUCUGUGCAAUUAGUUCUCUGUAUAAUUUGAAUCGAUUUGAAAUAAGUACUUUUUCUUUUCUUGGUCAUUGAUUCGAUACAAAUUUGUCACGCAUUUUCUUCAUCUCAUUCCGUAAAUCAUAAACAUACGAACUUCUUAUCCACCUGGUAUCGUCCAAAAGUUCGGCUCGAAAAUGAUCGAACUUGAAACGCGAUGUUUUAACAUCGUUCAAUCGAUAAUUUUUAUCAUUAUUAUUGUCUUUCGUCGAGAAGAAACGAAGUUAGGAAUGAUACUCGGUGCCUGAAAUUCGGACAAGAAUCUGGGCAGCCCGAUCAUAAAAUUUAUUUAAGAAAAUAGAAACCCCCUCCCCUCCCUCCACCCUUCCAGAGGUACAAUUCUCGAUACUUCGAUACUUGAUACUUUCUAGUUCGUUAUUUUUUUUACAAGUCGUUAAGAGACUUGUACCAGCUGGCCGGGCUUUCACAAGUUCUCCUCGCCUAGCAGGAAGUGGAGGGUGACUAACAAGUGUUAACGUUCUCGCGUUUAUAAAUUAGGAAUAGACACGCGAUGAGCACAAAGAAGCUGACGCUGCGUGAUAAUCAAAUUAAUUGGGAUGGAAAUUAGCGAUUAAAACGCCUCGUUUGCGUGCUUAUUCAAAUUACACAUCCUUCGAUAAAAGAGGAAAAAAAAAAAAAAGAAAAGAAAAAAAGAAAAUCAGCAACCGGAAGCUACGUGUUCGAUCCUUCGUAAGCAAUUAGCGUGUCAAGGUACAACAUCGGUUUCAUGCGAUAUUAACGGCCUUGAAUUCUUCAGGAAUGUCUUCCUUGGCGAAGGAAAUUAACGUUUUAGAAUAAUUACCGCGCGAAUCGAAGUUCUAAGCGAUGAAUUAAUUAUUAAUGGAGAUUUUUUUUUCUUAUAUAUAUAUAUAUAUAUAUGUGUGUGUAUGUGUAUAUAUAUAUAUCAUGAAUAAAAAAAACGAGUGCCUCUAUCGAUCGAAAAAGUCUUCCAAAAGGCUAGCCUUUCUUAGAUGGAUGAGAUAAUGAGAGCGAGGUGAUUCUUUUAACGUGCAGAAUUUGCGAUUUCAAGCAAUGCUGCCCCUUGUUACCUGAGAACAGAGAUUUCGUAGAGAAAAGUUCAUUUACAGAUAGCACAAUGAUGUCUUAUUGUCUUAAAGAUGUAAUGUCUGGUAAUAAUCUAUUAACAAUUUGAAUGUGUUUUAAAAUUGUUACGUAUUGCAAAAAAAUAUAAAAAAGAAAAGCAGUUAUUCUACAAAUUUUAUCAGAAUAUCUGGAAUUCCAUAUCAAGAAUAUGAAAAAAAAAUGAUAUUAUUUUUUUAUUCAAGUAAUAAUUAUGUCCGCUAGAAUGCGCCACCGAUCUUAACUUACGUAUUUCUACAUAUGUAUUCAUUCAUUCUUUUUUAUUAAAAAAAAAAAGAAAGAAAUGUAUUAAUAUAACGAAUAGUAAUUAUAUAGUAAUACAAUUUUAAUUAUUUCAAGGCAUCUUUAAGUCAGGAUUCACAUUAUAAUUAAAUUUGAAAUGGGUAUCAGAUAUCGCGUGCUAUCUGAAUUGUACCAACAAAGUAAUUAUUCGAGUUCUUUUAUUCACAUGAUAAAUUCGAAAAAUUUAAAUUAUAAAGCAAAUGAAUUUAUUUAUAUACUCAAAUACAGCAGCAAUAAUUAUUACUCCAUGGCACUUUUCAUUUUAAUUUGAAUUUCAAUUAUAAAAAGUGCAUUUGCUUUGAAACUAUAAUAAUUAACUAUGUAACAACAAUACAAUGAAAGUUAUUUUUAACCUAAAAUAUUAGAUAUUUUUUAAGACACUUCUAAGACAAAUAAAUUUAAGAAUAUCAGAUUCAUUUUAAAUAAUCGAUUAUUGAAAAUGAAUUCGAAUAAUUUCACUGGAAUAUUAACAACGACGAAAACAGACAGGAAAAGUGCCGAGUAACGAAUUUUCAAUUUUUCAUUAUCGAAUGAAGAACUGGAAACAAUGAAAACGAUAAUAAAUAACACGAGGAAACAGUGAAUAACUGUUUGUAAUUAAAUAAACUGCGAGCAAUUGUUAUUUGAGAGUAUGUAAAAGAUGAGCGAACGAGAAACGAUUGCGUGUAAGGAUCGAAUGAAGUGAAGAGAGAAAACAAGAGUGUGUGUGUAAGAGAGAGAGAGAGAGAGAGAGAAAGAAAGAAAAACGAAACGAGACAACAUCAUAUCAGCGAAAGAGGAAAAUGAAAAGAAAAAAAAAACAAUUAAUGUGCAAUAAUGAUGAAAAUGAACAUUUUUUCAACGCGGUACUUUUUAACUGUAUGAAUAGGAUGAUAUACGUAUUUGCUCAAAUCGUUGUUUCUUUUAUAUAUUUUAACGAAGUUUUUAUAUGAAUGAAUUAUAAUGAUAAAAUAUAACUAAAUUAUAUUUUUGCUAACGUUCUACGUGCAGAUCACACGCGAACAGGAAGAUCAUCACGCGCGGGUACAUUCGCAUACCGUAGUAUAAAAUGUAAUACUGUACAUACACACGCGCACACACAACACACACAAGUACGCACACACGAGCGUAUGCAUGCGUACGCAAACACAUACAUACAUACACACGUAUAAACAUUAAGAGAUGAAUUGGAGAGAAGGCGAUACACGAUGUAGAUUCAACGUGAUCGACGGAUCCAGUAGAAAUUAGAGAAAAAAGAAAAACUGUAAAUUAAUUUUUCUUCCUCCCUUAUUUUCAACGUUUAACGUUUAUUUAUUUAGCAUUAAAACCGUUGCCUUAUUGUAUGUUCAUGUAAUAACAAUUUAGUCGUAUAAAAGAGGAGAUAAAACUGUUGGCCGUGUGACAGUUGUUAUUAAGUGGAGAGUUGAUAAGUUCGUAAGACGAGCAGUAUUUUUAGAUUUACAUUAGCCUGAAUUUACUGCAGACUAUAUACGUUUAUAAAUAUUAUGUAUACAUACAUACAAAUACACAAACACAUUCAUACGUACACUUACAAGCGCGAUCUCGCGCGCACAUCUGCUCGUGCUUCCAGUUUUGUACUUUUGCUUGUACUUUUUCGAAAAAUUUCGAGUUCGACUCUUUAUGAAAAACAAUUUUAACAAGUUAUUUCGAUUUCAUAAUCGAAUUCAAUUUCUGAAAAGACUUUUCGCUUCAACUUUUCAUGAAUUCGAUUCUUUUUAUUCAUCUUCAUUUUGUGUGUAUAUAAUUGGAUAAAAUCUUUUAAAAAUUUUCCAUAGAACUCUCAGAAAAUUUAAUAACAUUUUAACGUACAGAAAAUUAACGUACAAUAUAUAUGUAUAGAUAUAUGAAAAGAAAAAUUCUGGACAGUACGAGCGGACAUUAACCGAGCUAGCGGCUUUUACUUAAACGGAGAAUCACUGUACAUAAUGCUUAAGCAUUUAUUUAUAUCGUGCUUUUACAAAAGGACCCGUAGUAUUUUAUUUAGUUUCGUAGCAAAAGAUUUAUGCACAUCAUUACCGCGUGCAUAGCACGAGAUCAUUUAAUUGUCAGGUGUGCGAACACGGGAAGAGUAUGCGUGCAUUUGUAUUAAGGAAAGAAAUAAAAAACAAAAAAAAAAAACAGAGGAGAAUAGAGUGAAAGAAAAAAUUCGUACUGGUGUGACGGAAAUUAUUUAAAACGAAAAAAAAAAGAAAAAAAAUGAGAAUAAUUGUACAGAAAGGGACGACAAUUUUGGAGAAAGAAAGAGGGAUAAAGAAACGGGCAAUAAGGCAAUCUUGUGAUAACUUCGAUGAUUUUUAUUCUCCACCCAUUUCUCCAUCCUUCGUUUUCUUCUGUGAUUUACGCCUGCGUCCAGUUUAUUCGUCCUCGAAAGAAAAAGAAGAAGAAGAAGAAGAAGAAGAAAAAAUCCUUUCGACAUCCCUUUUUUUUAUUUCCCCCGCGAAUCUGUCGUGUAUUAUUCUACUGAUUAACUGUCUUAUUAUGUAUAGUAGAAAUUAAUGGUGAAAAGAGAACAAGAACAGUACAUUGUUUCUGUUAAAAUAAACAUUGUUGAAAAAUA